CGUUAGGUGUUUAUGUAAAAUGUCGCGAACAAAAAUUUUUUCAGUGCAAAGAUAAAAAAUAAAUACAAAAAAAAUUAAUAUAAUUUAGAAAUUUUAAAAUUUACGUUAAAGUGAUAUUCUAAUUCAAAGUCCUAAGAGAUAUAAGUUUAUUUAAAUUAGUUUAAAUUGAAAAAGCGAAGCGAAAACAUUAAUUUUAAUAAGUUCAAAUUAUAAACUGAUUAAAAUUAUAACAAAGUAUUGAGUUGAGACUUAAAGCAAUUUUAAUUAGGUGAUAACAGAAACCAAAGUAGAAGUUUUUUGUUUAAGGUUCACUUAUUUAAAUAACUGAAUAAUUUAUUUAUACACAUAUUAAAUAAAAUACACACACAUAUGCAUAUUUAUAUAUACAUAAAUAUUUAAGCUAAAUAAAUUAUUAAUUAUUUAUCAACAAAAUGAAUUUUUUGGAUAUCUUGCCGUCAAUUGUUUUUUAUUAUGCAUCGGUUGUUAUACAAGGAGAAAAUUGCAUCAAUUUAGGACUAGUUAGCCCAAUUGAAGUCGUUGAAGAAUGGGCAUGUCAUGACACAGAAGUUCGUCUAACAUGUGGGCAUUUAGAUUCAAAACUAGCAAUUUUAGAAGCAACAUUUACUCCAAAUUGUACAAAUGAAGAUUGCCUAAAAUUGGAUAUCAAAAGAUUAGCAAAAGCAUUCUUUAUAACAUCAAAACCACCAGUAACAAUUUCUCGUAAAGAGGAAACUCAAGCGGGAAGAAAAUUUUUAGAAGCUUUGAAAAAUGGGCCUCGUAUACCUGAUGAAAACCAAGAAGAAGUUGUUGUCAUCGACAGUUCCGACACAUAUACUGAAAUUGAAAGUGGUUCCAGUGAUUCACUAGAAAAUAAUUUGGCGGGUGUAAUCACUAAUCAACUAAAUGCAAGAAAGGCCUCACUUAGAGCUUCUUUAGAAAAAUUGAUUAUAAGAUAUUUGAGAAAAUUAUCUCCAGAUGAAAAUUUUGAUUAUGAAAUGCAUAAGAGAUCUAUACGAUAUAAGCGAAAUAUGCGAAGAAAACGUGUUAAAAGAUUAAGUAAACAAAAUAGCACAAAAAAUAGUAAAGAAAGUAUCGAAGAACUUAAUAUAUCAUAUGAUAAUGAUUUCGAUAUAAAUUUUAAUGAUACUGAUGAUCAAAAUACGACUAAAUAUGACAAAAUGGUUUUAGGAAAAUCUCAUCUUCGAAUAAAUUUGGGUGAACAUUUUGUUGUUGACGAAAAUUUUGGCAACAAGAAACUAGAAUAUGAACAAAGGCAACAAAAAUUAAAAGAAAUAAGGCUAUUUUGUCCAGACCAAAAAAGAAAAGUUUCUUCUCUAGAUCGAUUUGAUAUCGAAAAUUCCUACAGGAAUGAGUCUAUGGAAGACUAUAACAUUAGAAGACUUUUGAACAGAAGAUCCUCCUAACUUUUGGAACAAAUC